AUGGUCAAUUACGUUCACGGUUGGAUCGAGGAGUGUGAGUUACAAGAAAUUAGAGAGAGAGACGUCAGAUAUUAUAGAAAAAUAUUAAAAGAAUCCGGAAGACAAGUCGAAGCAGCAGAAAGAAAACGAACUAUACACAUCAGCAGCAGAGAGAAAGCGGAAAGCCAGCAGCCAAGAGAAAGAAAGACGAUCACAGGCGAGGUCCAGGAAACAGGACAAAUAAGAGGCCAGAGGAGCAGCAUCAGUGAUUUCAUACUCAACUCGCAUCCUUCGAACCAAAUUUCCGCCAUUAGUCACUUUGAAACAUCCUCUGGUGUGGACGGGAAAGUAAUUAUGAAAGAAACGUUAAAUUUUAAAGAAAUCAUCACCCUUAACGUAGAAGUUUUAAAUGGAUUCGGGUACAUCGCACCUGAAUUCCAACACAAAAUAGAAGCCGUUUGGUUUGGAUUUAUCUACCUGGGAAUGCUAACAAGCGAGAUAGUGAACAUGAUACUAGUAUCGGGAGAUAUGGAAAAAAUGAUAGAAGCCACUUUUUUAACCCUCACUCACUUGGUUGAAAUCCGUAAGGUCUACGCCGUUAUAAGAUACAGAGACAGACUGAAAAAACUGUUAAACAGCAUUAACAGAAAGGAAUUUCUACCAAAAACUACGACGCAGGCUAAGGCUCUGCAGAACUACGUCCAGGAUUCGAAGGUGAUCUCAAAGGUGUUCCUAGGUGCUUGCGUUGCUACUUGCUCCUUCUGGGGAAUCUAUCCCUUCGUGGAUGACGGCGAUCUCCGCUUGCCUUUAGGUGGGUGGUUCCCCUUCGAUACUCGCUACUCGCCUUGGUUUGAACUUGCUUAUGUGUAUCAAGUCAUCGGUUCCACCGUAAACGGUCUUGUUAAUGUUAGCUUGGACACCUUCAUGUCCGGACUGAUAAUGGUCGUAUGUGCCCAGUUGAACAUUUUGAACGAUUCCUUGAAAAACAUGCGUGAACAAGCAGAAACUGAGCUAAAGGGUGUUGGAAUAGAAGUGGGGCAGUACAUGACAAACACUUUGCAAGAAAAAAUGAACGAGAAGCUAUUAAAUUGCGUGAAUCAUCAUCGAUGCAUUAUAGAGUUUGCCAAUGAACUGACAUUUCUAUUUACAACCAGUAUCUUAGGACAGUUUAUCGUCAGUGUUGUUAUAAUAUGCAUUACUCUGUUUGAGAUCACUUUGUUACCCGCGUUGAGUAUAAAGUUCUUCUCUCUGAUUCUGUACCAAUUCUGCAUGCUACUGGAAAUAUUUCUGUUGUGUUACUAUGGCAACGAAGUUAUUAGAGAGAGCGCCGAGCUGACGAAGUUCGCCUUCUGCAGCGACUGGAUGGAUUGCUCUCCGGAAUUUAAACGAAACUUGGUGUUCUUCAUGACCAGGUCCCAGAUGGCCCUCAAACUGUACGCGGGGGGCUUUUUCACGCUGUCGUUGGAAACUUUCGUGAAGAUUUUAAAGUCGUCCUGGUCCUAUUUCGCCGUCCUGAACAGCGUACACACAGAUGACUAG